AUGUCAGCACCCACUCAACCCAAGAAACCUUUCCACGUCGCUAUUUGCGGCGGAGGUAUUGGUGGAUUAUGCAUGGCAAUUGGUCUCAUAAAACAAAACAUUCCAUGCAUAGUAUACGAAGCCGCGCCUGCAUUUGCGGAAAUUGGUGCAGGAGUAUCAUUCGGACCCAAUUCCAUCAGAGCAAUGGAAUUGAUAGAUCCAGCUAUCAAACGAGGCUUUAAUAAUUGCGCAACCUACAAUGGAUCACCAGAAGAAAGAGAUGUCUGGUUUGAUUUCCGGAUAGGCACGUCCGAAGAAGGUUGGAAAGAAUUCAAAACAGGAAAGCCACCUGUUAAAGAAGGGGAAUUCCUGGCUAAAGUUGUGGCGGAAGGUUAUGGACAAGCUUCUGUCCACAGAGCUCACUUUCUCGAUGAAUUGGUUAAAUUGGUUCCAAAAGAAAUCGCGCAAUUUGGAAAAAGAGUUGAGAAGGUAGAGGAGAAGGGAAGUAGGCUAUUGAUGACUUUCCAGGAUGGAACGACGGCAGAGGCGGAUGCGGUGAUUGGGUGUGAUGGUAUCAAAUCGAGGACCAGACACAUGGUUCUUGGCGAUGAUCAUGAAGCCACUUUACCGGUAUUUAGUGGGAAGUAUGCAUAUAGAGGUCUGAUUCCCAUGGAAAAGGCGAUUGGAGCUGUUGGAGAAUAUUUAGCCAAAAACAGUCAAAUGUAUUUAGGCCAUAAGAGUCACAUCCUAACAUUCCCCAUUGAAAAAGGCGCCACAAUGAAUGUCGUAGCUUUUCAAACGCAACCGGAUGGAAAGUGGGAAAACAAAAAAUGGGUUAUUCCAAUGAAAGAGUCAGACAUGUUCUCUGAUUUCGAAGGCUGGGGUAAAGAUGCAAAACAUAUUCUAUCGCUUAUGGAAAAACCCGACGUUUGGGCUCUCUUCGAUCACCCCCCUGCUCCAACUUACUACAAAGGUAGGCUUGUGCUCUUGGGUGACGCAGCUCAUGCAAGUACUCCCCAUCAAGGAGCAGGUGCGGGGCAAGCUAUCGAAGAUGCCUUUGUUUUGAGUAAUUUACUCGGAGACUGUAAGGAAGUGGGUGACAUUGAAGGGGCGUUUAGAGCGUACGACGAGAUUAGGAGGCCAAGAAGUCAAAAGGUAGUGAAGACAAGUAGAGAAGCAGCGGAACUUUAUGAAUUCGAGAAUGAGGAUGUAGGGGGUGAUAGCGUAGAUGUGAAUAUUGAGAGUAUGAAGGAGAAAUUGGUGGAAAGGUGCAAGUGGAUUUGGAAUGAAGAUCUAGGGGCGCAGCUGGAUAGUGCUAGGAGGGUUAUGAGGGCAGGGGGCGAGAGGGCUAAUCUUUAA